GGGGGGGGGGGGCGCUGCCGGCGCACAUCGCUGAGCGAAGCCCGGUCAGUGCAGGUGGCGGUGGGGCUGCCAUCCUUCCUAGCGGUCCCCUUCAGUGCGGGAUGCAGAGGCCCUUGGGGGUGCGGCGUUUGCACAGGGCGCGUGACAGUAUCAUGGUCGGCGGGCGCUGAUGCAGGCGGCAGUGAUGGCUGCAUUGGCUGCGAGGCCUCGCCCAGUCGUGGAGUGGCGAGGGCGGCGAGCGGCUAGUGCAGGCGUUCAUGGCGGCGGGCGGAUCUGACAUUGCAGUGAGGCAGGCCAUCGUUGGCGGGGUCCGGCUCCUGGCUCUGCGCGGGUCGGCUGCCGUUGUAGCUCCGGUGGCAAUGGUGGCUGGUGGGCAUUAGGGCGGCGUCCUUGGAUGGCGCGGGUUGGUGGCGGUGCAUGCCAGCCGGAUUUGGCGUUUUCUGGUAGGCGAUGCGGCUUGGGGCACUGGCCCGGCGUGGCUGCUGCUUCGAUUGUGGGCGGCGGCGACGAGGCCCUCUCGGAGUGGCGGCUUCCAUUCGCCAAGUCAGCAUCACGGCUACAGGCGGUUUGAGGGGCGGUGUUGGAGAUGCCUUUAUAAAACACAAAUAUGACAUAAUUUUCACAAAUGUUGAGAAAAUAUAUAAAUGUCUCUCGGUAACGCACGAGGCAAUUUCCAAAAAGAACACUACUCCUACAGAAUAGGCUAUGCAGUGCACGAGAGGAAUCAUUCAUGGAGCAGGUGGUGUCUCUGUAUCUGUGUGGUGCUGCCGAUGGUGCUUGCCAUCUGCCACGGCCCCAUCCCAAACCCAAACCUACCUGUACCGACACCAACCUGCUUUCCUCUUCGAGUGCUCUCGCUCACGAACCCCACCGAUCAUCCACCACCUACCAAAUGCAGUCGCUGGCGUUUACCUGACAGACAGACAGCCACGAGUGGGCGCACACAAGCACCACUCCACCAGAGGGACGGAGAACUCCGGCGCUCGAGCUGCCACAGCAAGUAGCAGCGGCCGGCGGCCGAUAUGGCGUCCGCGGCAGGCGACGGGACGAGGCGGAAGACGGCGUGCGUCACCGGAGGGAACGGCUACAUCGCGUCGGCGCUGGUCAAGACGCUGCUGGAGAAAGGGUACGCCGUGAAGACCACCGUCAGAAACCCCGAAUUUAGAGUGGUUUCAUUAGUCUCGGAGGGUGACAUGCACUGUGAUCUGAUCAACGGAUUCCAGAUGACAUGGAGAAGAACUCGCAUCUCAAGGAUCUGCAGGCGCUCGGCCCCUUGGAGGUCCUCCGUGCAGACCUCGUCGAAGAGGGCAGCUUCGACGGCGCCGUCGCCGGCUGCGACUACGCCUUCCUCGUCGCCGCUCCGGUGAACCUCUACGCAGAGGACCCUGAGAGAGACGUGAUCGAGCCGGCCGUGCACGGAACCCUCAACGUGUUGAGGUCGUGCGUGAGAGCGGGCACGGUGAGGCGCGUGGUCCUGACAUCGUCGGCGGCCGCCGUCUCCAGCCGGCCGCUGGAGGGCGACGGCCAUGUCCUGGACGAGGAUUCCUGGUCCGACGUCGAGUUUCUUAGAUCGACAAAGACCGGUGCUUGGGCGUACCCUGUGUCCAAGGUGCUUCUGGAGAAGGCGGCGUGCGCGUUCGCGCUGGAGCAUGGCAUGAGCCUGGUCACUGUGUGCCCCGUCGUCACGGUGGGCGCGGCGCCCGCGGCGAAGGUCAACACCAGCGUGCCCGACAUCCUCUCCCUGCUGUCCGGCGAUGAUGCGAGGAUCAGCAAACUUGAGUUCAUCGAGAGGGUGACCGGCGCGAUCCCGAUGGUCCACAUCGACGACCUCUGCCGCGCCGAGCUGUUCCUCGCCGAGGAAAAGGCGGCGUCGGGGCGGUACAACUGCGGCAGCGUCAACACCACCGUCGUGGGGCUCGCCCGCUUCCUGGCGGCCAAGUACCCGCAAUACAAUGUCAAGACCGACCGGUACGCCGGUCUCACCGAGAAGCCGAGAGUCUGCAUUUCGUCGGCGAAGCUCGUCGGGGAAGGGUUUGAGUUCAUGUAUAAGACCCUGGACGAGAUAUACGACGACGUCGUCGAGUACGGUAGGGCCUUGGGAAUCCUUCCGUGCUAGUAUGAUGGAUGAUCUUAGAAUCAAACGACGCGCUUGCAUGGAAAACAGGCUUAGCCUCCUUUUUUUUACUGGAUAAUAAGCUUAGCCUCCUAUAAAAGUAUAUGAUGAAAUGUGGGUGUUAGUUCAUAUGAAAAGGAUUUGUAAAACAUUAUGAAAAGUGAUAUAUGGAAUUAUGAAGGUUCUCUA